GCCAAAGCCUACUGAAAAAGUCUUGUUUUGGAUUCAGUCGACUCAUUUCUUCGUAACGGACCGGACCGGAGGACUUUUGAACUGUGGCGCGCAUAUGCAAACCAGUGGCCACCAAAAUGCAGAUAAGGGCUAUUCUGUUUGUCGCGCUUUGCCUGUUUGGAACCGGUCAGCUUCUAUCGACUCCCGAAGAUGAUUACUAUUGGGCCGGUGUGGUGGAGUUCGACUACAAGAAUAAGAACUCGGACUCUCCGGAGGCUUACACGGAGAAAUCCCUGGACAAGUACAAAGAGAUAAUCUACUCGAAGGAUGCCGACCCGGUGGAUAUAAUAGUGUUUCCAGAGUAUGGAAUCAGUUCCGGGGAAACGUCCUCGUUUGUACCGGAUCCGAGGGAACGUAUUACUCCUUGCAACAAUUUGGAGUACACGAAGUCCUUGAGAGAUCUUUCGUGUAUGGCUAGGGAUCGGCAAAAGUAUUUGGUGGUGAAUCAUGCGGAGAAAGCUAUGUGUCCCUUUCCAGGUGACACUAGGCUUUGUGCCCCGGAUGAGUUAUAUCACUUCAAUACUAACGUAGUUUUCGAUCGCCAAGGAAUGGUGAUAGCCCGAUACCGCAAGUACAAUUUGUUCGGAGAAGCUGGAAUGAACGUAACUGUACUGCCCGAUUUGACUGUAUUCGACACCGACUUUGGAGUUCGUUUUGGUACUUUUAUCUGUUUCGAUCUGAUGUUUGAACAACCGGCCUUGGAGUUGGUUCGAAACGGAGUUCGGGAUUUCGUGUACCCGACAAUGUGGUUCUCCGAACUGCCCUUCCUAACGGCUGUCCAGAUUCAACAGGCCUGGGCUUACGCAAACGAUGUAAACUUCCUAGCGUCCGGCUCGAAUCUACCGGAAAUUGGUAGCACCGGUACCGGUGUCUUUGCAGGAAAACAAGGUCGGAUUGUUUCGGUUAUGAACCACAUCGGAGAACAAAAACUUUACGUGGCCAAGGUUCCCAAAAGAGAUCGCCCAACGGCCACAGUCGAAAAGCAACCUCCUCACAAAUUUACCCCCUCCCAGAUGUCAACCCUUAAACUGAAACGGGACCAAAUCGACUCGUACGCUACCGCCGAUAUCCCACUCGAGAGUAACGACAACUACAAGGUAACGCUCUGCCAGAAUCUUCUGUGUUGCAAUUUCACCCUGGACUACACCGUCACGAAGCCCUCGAGUGGCCAGCCUUAUUACCGUUACAAAGUUGCGGUGAGCGAUGUGAAGCGUACCUUUGAUGGAUUUGCCGAUGGACAGAUAACUUCGUGUGCCAUUUUUGCUUGUUCCGGAGAUGGGAUGGAUAGGUGUGCGGUUCGUUUCGAGGAUCCAUCCAGGGUGGUUCCGGCUGUUCGGUUUAAUCGGAUCGAAAUCGACGGAGAUUUUCCAGGUGGUGAUGAUGUCUUUCUGGUGCCCAACAACGUUGAUACCAGUAUUUUGCCACUUGAUGUUGAGGAGAUCGAGUAUGAGAAGGCGGAUAUCAACAGGGAUGGGAAAAACUUCAAAAGCAUCCAGUAUCGACUAGUAACACCACGAUCCGAUCUCCUAACUUUCGCCAUUUGGGGCCGGAAGUUCGUGAUAAGCAGAGCACUCAACCCAACGCCCAGUUUUAUUUCAACCUCACUUCGUGAUGAAUUUUGAAAAUAAUGCCUGAAACCUGCUCCCUAUAUGUGUAUGUGUGGAUGAAUGUCAUGAGAACAUUCUCGAAUUGAAAGAAACUCAUAUUAAAGUUUGGAUCCUUUUCCAGUGAUUUUAAUUUUAUUUAUUCAGCAACUUAUUUUUGUUGAUACAUAAGGUAUAUUAGAUGAAUAAUAAAAGAAACCAUGGACACUAAAUCUUAUCAUAGCCCUAAGAACUAUUUUUUCGUUGGAAAAUUCACACGAGCUCGGUUUGAAAAAAAGGUUAAAUUUACCUAUUUGCAAGGUGAUUUUUUUCCACCCAGCUGUCUUGGUAAAUUUUACCUUUUUUCAUUCACCUAGCAAAAAAGUAAAUUAGGGGCGAUAAGGGCAUAACGAGCACCCAGGGCGUAAUAAGCACUCCUUUUUUCUACAUAAGUGCCUAUUUUCUCGAACAAAUUUUCAUGAGGAUUUGUUUCGUACUACCUAUAGUAUUAAUUUUUCACCAAAAAAGAAAUAUCCUUUUCAUCUUUACAGAAAUAUUGAAUAAUAACCAUUUGAUAUAAUGAAAAAAUGAAUAAAUGAAUAAAUGAAUAAAUAAAUGAAUGAUAAAUGACAAAAAUCACCUUGACCAGGAAUCGAACUCGAGUCUACUGAUUACCUCUCCGACACUUUACCAAUAGGCCCAAUCGACAGAUGAAACAAGUCAAGCUGUAGCUCUAUUAUUCAGUUGACUUCAUCGAGUGGAAUUCGCUGCUAGAUUAUACGGCAGAAAACGCUCAUCUUGCCCUGAUUAAUAGUGCUCUGUUCGCCCCAGGUCAACUAAUUUAAGUAAAAACACGUUUUAAAAUUGAUUAAAGUGAAAAAUCAAAAAAAUUAUGAUGGUGAAAAUUGAGAAACAAUGUGUAAGUCAUGUUGCAGUGCGUACAUUUCAGAUCAAGAUGAUUUAAAGGUCAUAAAAGCUUAUUUGGUGGUGCUCAAAAAUUAUAAUAUUUUCGUCACUUGAGAACCUAGCUGGUUAUUAUUCAAUAUUUCUGUAAACAUGAAAAGGAUAUUUCUUUUUUGGCGAAAAAUUAAUACUAUAGGUAGUACGAAACAGAUCCUCAUGAAAAUUUGUUUGAGAAAAUACGUACUUAUAUAGAAAAAAGAGUGCUUAUUAUGCCCUGGGUGCUCGUUAUGCCCUUAUCUCCCCUACCCUUAAACAGAAAACAGUUAUUUUCAGUUUUUUUCUAUAUUUUACAUUAUCAGCAGCAAACAUGUACGUUUAUGAAAGCAAAUAUUUGACAAACACAAAAGAUCUUCCAAAAGAAAGAUUAAAAAUCUUAAAAAAUCAGGAUUUAUGAGACCUGGAUUUUGAGGGUUAAAAAAUCAAAAAUGGGUCAAAAAGUUCAAACAUAUUUUUUUAUGCGAACAUUUAAACAAAUAUUCUAUCGAAUUUCAACUUUUUACGACUUUUGUCUAUCGGUUCUAUGGGAUCACCGCACUGUGCGUUUCUGAGUUUUAAAUCUAUUGUAAGACUAUUGUAUUAAAUUCAUAUUCAGAUAUUUAAAAAAUGUAUAUUGUGUUUUUUUGU